CAGAGCCCCUGACACAACCUCGGGCCAUUUUGAGACUUGCACUGGGCCAUAACUUUGGAAGAUUGACUUCCAUCCUAUUCCUGGCCACGCUGGCAUACAACCCUACAAUGGUUCCCAAUGCAUCUGUCCAUUUUUUAAUUUGUCACGAAGGCUAACAUAGCGUCUACCCCGUACUCGACUACCUGCUGUAACCUUGCUCAAAAUGCCGCCGAGGCGACCUCACACAAAAAGUCGUUAUGGUUGCAUACAGUGCAAAGCCUCUCACCUCAAGUGCGAUCAAGGACAUCCUAAAUGUGGGUUAUGUCAGAAGAAAGAAAAAAAUUGUACUUAUGGGGUGCGGCGGAAGGAUAUCAGUCAGACAUCUAGGCCCUCCCUCCAUCCACCCACCACCUCGACCGUCUCCGAGCAAGAACGCGAGCUCUCUGUCAUCUCUACAACCUACACCCCAGUUUCUGACCGGGAAUUUUCCUAUCCAAGUCAUAUUUCAACUCCUCCGCGGCUCUCAAGUGCGGAGACUGGUGCUUCAAUCCUGUGGGAAGAUCUAGAACUCAUGCGUCACUUUGUUACCGAGACAUACCUGACCUUUUCCUGUAUCGAUUCAAUCCAGGAUCUAUGGCGGACCACGAUACCAAAAAUGGCUUCUGAUCACCCGUUCAUGAUGCACGGUCUUCUGAAUAUCUCUGCCCUUCAUCUCGCGUUUCUCAAUCCCGCCAAAAGAGACAUAUAUCUUGCCCCGGCAAUCCGACAUCACGACAUCUUUCUCUCGCUUUAUCGAUCAGAAUUGCAUAGCAUUACACCAGAUAACUGCUCUGCGAUGUUCAUCUGUUCUACAUUGAUCUCUCUAUGUACCCUCGCGUUUCCUAUUUGCAGCAACAAAUACUCUCUAUCAAUGCCCUCUGGCUACUCCAACCAUCAACAGCAGCAGCAAUUUGAUAGUCCUAUUCAACUGUCUUCUAGCCUCUUCAUUCUUCUCCAAGGUGCCUCCACACUAGUCCGUAUCUACUGGCAGUGGCUAGAAGAUAGUACCAUCUCUGCCUUCGUCACAAAUCGCUUCCAGUUUUGCGAAGUCGAGUCGAACGCCAAAAUUCGCCUCCAUUCUUCGGACUCGGCCUUUAGGCUCCUUAUGACACGUAUUGAGUCAACGCCAUCGCCGUCAAAUCUAUCGUCAUCAACAUCACUUGCGCAACCAUCAUGUUCAUCUCGGCACACAUCUCCUUCCUCACUCACCUCUGAAGAAUCGAGUGCCUACAAAAACGCCAUCAGCACCCUACGAGACGUCUUCAUACUUCUAAACUCAAGUGAAGCCGACAAUGGGGUUGUUUUAAUAUGGCCAUUUUUACUUGAUGCAGACCGGGGCUUUGCAACGCUGCUGAAGGAGAUGCGACCACUUGCAUUAGUAAUCUUGGCACAUUAUGGAGUGGCACUUCAUGCCUCUCGGGAUGACUGGUUUAUUGGAGAAUGUGGACGAAACCUCAUCUUGGACGUACAGAAGGCUCUGUCACUAGCAGGGUACGAAGCUGAGUUGCAGGAGUUGAUGGCAUGGCCGUUGGAGACGGUGGGCACUGGGGAGGGACCGGACAGGAGUGACGUAAAUAGAUAG